UGCCCGGCGGCCGGCCCGCCCGCCCGCCUCCGUGCGGUCGGGGUGUGCUCGCCGGGAGGCACCGGGCACGGGUAUACCUGGCAGCCAGGCGGGAAACCGGGCUGAGGGGUUAGAGGGAGAAGAAGAGGAGGAGACAGCGGCGGCAGCAGCAGCAUUAGCAGCAGCGUCGCGUCCUCCCUUCCUCCGUGAGGCGGCUGCGAGGGGCCCUGACACGACAGGUAGCGCAUCAGCCGCGCCCCCCCCGGGGCGUGAGCCUUGAGCCGCCCGCCCGGGUGCGUCACGGGCGGCUGGGGCGGCCCCCUCGCAGCGCCGCCGCCUCACUCCCCCGGCGUGGAGGCUCGGCCGCAUCCAUCCGUCCCGGCAGCCGAGACGGGGCUGGGCACGGCGGAGGAGUGAGCUCGGGAGGCGGUGGGGAAGGAGACUCCCGCCCGCGGCGGGGACGGGCGCCGGCUCCGCAGCCGUCGCGUGUGGUGGGAGUCGUCGCGCGUCUCCGUAAGGCGCUGUGCGGAGCUGGAAGGCUUUGCAUUCCUAUACGGACAUUUCUCACACCCCGCACAAAACCGCAUUUUGGGCAGCGCUUGUCGACGGGACAGUUUUGGAGGAAGCAGCCGGGACCAGUGACCAGUCCCCUCACGAUGUGGACCUUUCUGGGUAUCGCCUCCUUCAUCUACGUGUAUAAAAAGUGCGGAGACCUGAUGACUUACGCCAAUAAGGAGGUGCUGCUCUCUGCGUUAGUGUUCUUCUCCCUCGGCUUGCUGCUGUCCUACAGGUACCACUUCAGGGGGCCCAAGCAGCAGCAGCAGCAGCAGCAGCGCAAAGCCCACCUGGGGAUGCUCUCUGAUGUUCUCUCAGCUUUACCGCUUGUUGGCUUCUUCUGGGCCAAACCCACCCCAGGAUCUCAACAAGUUGAACAGCCCAAAUCCAGAAAGGGUAAAAGAGAAGUAAACUUCUCAGAUGUAUAUCUGACAGAGACAACUCCAAAUACAAUAUUAUCACACCAAUACGAUCCAGAAAUUAUCAUUGUGGGAUCAGGUGUCCUUGGUUCUUCUUUGGCCACGGUGCUCUCAAGGGAUGGAAGAAAGGUGACUGUAAUAGAGAGGGAUCUGAAAGAACCUGACAGGAUAGUUGGAGAAUUGUUGCAGCCUGGAGGUUUUAAAGCCCUUAGAGACUUGGGUCUUGAAGAUACAGUAGAAGGUAUUGAUUCACAAAUAGUAAAUGGUUACAUAAUUCAUGACCUAGAGAGCAAGUCGGAGGUUGAAAUUCCUUAUCCAACAUCUGAAGAUGGCCACGUGGCCAGUGGAAGAUCUUUUCAUCAUGGCCAGUUCAUCAUGGGUCUCCGAAGGGCAGCUAUGGCAGAGCCCAAUGCAAAAUUCAUAGAGGGGACCGUGUUACAAUUGCUUGAGGAAGAUGACUGUGUUGUGGGUGUUCAGUACAAGGACAAAGAAACUGGAGACACUAAGGAACUUCAUGCACCCCUAACUGUUGUGGCUGAUGGACUUUUCUCCAAGUUUAGAAAAAACUUGGUCUCCAGCAAAGUUACAGUUUCAUCCCAUUUUGUUGGUUGCAUUUUGAAGGAUGCGUCACAGUUUAAAGCUAAUUAUGCUGAACUUGUUUUAGCUAAAACUAGCCCAGUGCUAAUCUAUCGGAUUUCUUCAACUGAGACUCGGGUCCUUGUUGAUAUUCGAGGGGAAAUGCCAAAAAAUUUAAAAGAAUAUAUGAUUGAGACCAUUCAUCCACAACUACCUGACCACUUAAAGGAACCAUUCUUAAUAGCGGUUCAGAAUGAUCGUUUAAGGACUAUGCCAGCCAGCUUCUUGCCUCCUUCAGCUGUAAACAAAAAAGGUGUUCUUCUUUUAGGAGAUGCAUAUAAUAUAAGACACCCUCUAACUGGUGGAGGAAUGAGUGUCAUUUUAAAUGAUGUUAAAAUAUGGAGAAGUUUACUCCAGGAUAUUCCAGACCUUUAUGAAGAUUCUGACAUUCUCAAGGCAAAAAGAACGUUUUACUGGUCAAGAAAAAAAUCUCACUCUUUUGUAGUGAAUAUUCUUGCCCAGGCACUUUAUGAACUCUUUGCUGCCACAGAUGAUUCCUUGCAUCAGCUAAAGAAAGCCUGUUUCCAUUACUUCAGACUUGGUGGAGAAUGUGUCUCGGGUCCUGUUGGAUUGCUAUCUGUGUUAUCUCCUAAACCAAUGGUACUGAUUGGCCACUUCUUUGCUGUGGCGUUAUACGCUGUUUAUUUUUGCUUUAAGUCAGAGUCCUGGAUCACCAUUCCUCGAGCAUUUGUCAGUAGUGGGGUUAUUCUUUACCGGAGUUGCUCUAUAAUAUUUCCACUUAUUUACUCUGAAAUGAAGUAUUUAGUCUAUUAAAAUCCAGGGGGAAGUGACUGGAGGAAGAAAACAUGAAAAUCACAAUGCCUUCAAAAUCUUUGGAUAUGUACUAUUUAAUAUUGUAUUAUCUUUUCUUCUCUUCAAAAUGUGUUUUCCUUGAUAAGGAUUUAACUUUGGUUUUGUGGUUAUAUACAUAUAUAUUAUAUGUAAAUACUCUUUUCUUUGCAAUUAAAGUUCAAAAAGGAGUUAGCUGUUUACAAGGACCAUAAAUAAGUGUUGACAUGUGGUAGAUAAUUGCCAGUUUUGUCAGAAUUUCAUCCUUGCUUUAUCCAUUGCCGAGUGCACCACUAAUAUUAAUAAACUGAAAAGUGAAAACUGUAAACCAUAAGCUGCUAUUAUCCUUCAUGCUUUUUUCUGUUCGGUAGUUCCAUAGACUGUUUCUUGAUUACUGUGAAGUAUUGUAACAUUCUUGAUUUGGGUUGUUUCAUUAGGAUUUGCCUGUUCUUUUUCAGUUGCAGCUAAGACACUAGUUUACUGACACUUAAAAGGACACUGUAAAGGGUUUCUGAUAUUGAAGCGUCACUUUAGUCACUGUUGCAAGUGCCAUGUUGCUCUUCUGAGAUAACAAAUAAUAAUCAAGCCAUAGUUAAGUUGGCUACUGCAUUGCACUUGGGUACUGAAAGCACAUGGUUUUGAAAUUUUCUUCCUAUCUCACUUCCUUUUAAACCCUUAGGGUUUUUUUUUUUUUUUCUUUUGCUUGGUGUGUGUGCAGCUGAAGUUUAACACUGCCACGAACUGAAGCACAGCAACAAAACGGAAUCCACUGAAAAAAAAUCAGUCCAGGCUAUUUCCAGUAGACAGUAAAGUAAUCUUUGAUAUCACUGCUAAAAACUCAUGAGAAGUACCGCAAGAGUGUCCUUUUAAUACUUGGAGCAUGGUUUGGUUUUGUUCCUAUAGAAAUUACUGCAUGCUACUAAAGAGUUCACAUCUCUUGCUGUUGGUCACUAUUCCUUCUCGAUAUCUCUUUAUCAGUAUGCUUUCCUUUGUUCUUGUGUAUUUUAAUUUUUCUUUACCUUUCUUAUGAUUUCUUUAUGUUGUCGCUGCAUGGCUCUACUAUUUUGGAUUGCCUGAAAAGGAAAUCCCACAUCAGUGCAACCAACAGUUCAGAGAGCAGUAAGAAAUUAUGUUUUUCUGUGCUGGUGAAACUUUGACUAUAUCUUGAAAAUGACAGAUUGCGUAAGUUGUAUAUAACCAUACAUUUUAUGUUGGACUGUGGGGAAAAAAAAAUCUGUGGAGAGGCUUUUUUAAUAUUUUGUUUGAUGGAUAUUUCAAAUGAGCUGUUCUUUUCCAGAAGCAAAAGUAUGUAUAUUUUUCUAACCAUUAUCACUUUUGAUACCCUCUUGAAAUUACACGCAUCAUGAAUAUCUCUAUGUUUAAACUUUAGGGUAGAGUACUAAUAUUUUCAAAUAUCAUUAUAUAUGGUGACUAAAUGAUGCCCCUUUAAGGGUACACAAAGUUUGCAGAAUUUAUACAAGUGUUUUCAAAAUUUGUCACAAUUUUGAAAAUAUUGAUUAAUUUUACAUUUUCUAUUUUUUUAUAUUAUUUGCAGUCAGUCUCUUUAAAAUCAAAGAUAAAAAGUCCUGAGCCAAAUACACAUGUUCAGCUUAAAUAAAAAGUUACCAUAUCUGUA